GCGGGCACAGGGUCUGGAGCUGGGCAGAGGGCUGGCGGUUGGCCACUGGGGCCGGGAGCGGGGAGCCGUGGCGUGGAGGUGUCCUCGCGCCCGCGGCCGCGAUCCGGAGCUGUGUGGUCGCAGGCGAGCCAGCCGGCCGCAGCGGGAACCCGGGCGGAACGGAGCGGCGGGAGCAGGAUGGCAGAAGCCGUGGGAGCCGUGCCACUGAUUGCAGCCCCGGCCCGUCGGCGCUGGCUGUGGUCGGCGCUAGCCGCGAUGCUCGGGCUGUUGACAGCUAGAAUAUCAGCCUUGGAGGUACAUACUCCUAAAGAAAUCUUUGUGGUGAAUGGGACACAAGGGAAGCUGACAUGCACUUUUGACUCUCCUAAUACAACUGGAUGGUUGACCUCAGUCACCUGGAGCUUCCAGCCAAAUGGCACAGACGGCGCAGUGUCGUUUUUCCACUACUCACAAGGACAACCUUACCCUGGGGAUCACCCAAUAUUUAAAGGCCGAGUCACCUGGGCUGGGAACCUUGACAAGAAUGACGCAUCAAUCAAUAUAGAAAAUAUUCAGGCUGUUCACAAUGGCACCUAUAUCUGCGAUGUCAAAAAUCCUCCUGACAUUGUUGCGCGGCCUGGGCAUAUUAGGCUCCACGUGGUGGAAAUAGACAACCUGUUGGUGUUCCUGGUUUGGGUGGUGGUGGGCACUGUCACUGCUGUAGUCCUUGGCCUCACUCUGCUCAUCAGCUUGGUCCUGGUCGUCCUCUACAGAAGAAAACAUUCGAAGCGCGAUUACACCGGCUGCAGUACCUCAGAGCGUUUGUCACCAGUUAAGCAGGCUCCACGGAAGUGUCCCUCCGACACAGAGGGUCUAGUAAAGAGUCCGCCUUCCGCCGGAUCUCACCAGGGCCCAGUCAUUUACGCACAGUUAGACCACUCUGGCGGACACCACAGCGGCAAGAUUAAUAAGUCAGAGUCUGUUGUCUAUGCGGACAUCCGGAAAGACUAAGAGAACACCCCAAACAUUUCUUAAGCAAGAAACAAAUCCAAACUGGACUCCUGUGCAGAAAAUGUCCAUAACCGCGGGUGACCUUGAGGACUCAGGCAAGGACAAGCACAUAUAUACUCGGAGAGAGAAGAAAAUGUGUAUAAAGGAUAUGUAUAUUCUAUUUAAUCUUCCUGAUGUGAGAGGCCAACGUUGCAUGAUGACAUGGUAUGAGUCUAUGUAUGUGUAAAUUGUCUUGCUGUUUCUGUAUAUUCUUUUAGAGUCAUUUCUAGCUGGAAAGUUUCAGAAACAUCCUGUCGUCCCGUGUGUGGCAUGGUUUGCCUUAUUGAAGACUGCAGAGCUGUCCGUCCUUCCAGCAGACGUGGCCCUUUCCUAAGGGCUCAACCAGUCUCAGCAUUUCCUGUAGUUAGAGAAUGAGAUGUCUAGUGGAAGUGUGUCUCUUACAGUAUCAAGACCGUUUUUGUUCUGUGCCUGUGCUAGCUGAUAGACACCAUCCAUUAGCCAUGCCACCUGAGGACAGAUUAACAAGUGACUGGCAAUGCUUUUCUUUUCUUUCUUUUUCUUUUUUCUUUUUUCUUUUUUUUGUUUUUUUUUUGUUUUUUGUUUUUUUGUUUUUUCUGAGACAGGGUUUCUCUGUGUAGCCUUGGCUGUCCUGGAACUCACUCUGUAGACCAGGCUGGCCUCCAACUCAGAAAUCCGCCUGCCUCUGCGUCCCGAGUGCUGGGAUUAAAGGCGUGCGCCACCACUGCCCGGCUGAUGCUUUUCUUUAUAUGAGGGAAUUUGGAGCUUGAGGUCGUCCUCGUCACCAUCCUGCUAUUAGCUACAAUCUCACCACUGUCAGCACGCUGACACAGCGGCUGUGUGAGGCAGUGAUUAUGGGUAAAAGGGUACAGGUCACAGAGCCCCAGCAUGACAUUACUGUGUGAAAGACUUCAGAGGCAGCCAGCAUCUCCUUUCUUCUCUUCUUAGGGAAGAGAUUCUAGAUACCUCCUGACACCAGGUUCUUUACCAUCGCCUUGUGGUGCUGAGACAGUGUAUAUGGUGCUAGUACUCUGUGGGCUUUGUUCAAAUGACACCUCUUCUUAAGAGCUUUCUACAUCUAACUCUGUGACCUCCCUGUCCAGUUAGACCCAAAUCCUCUGUUGGCCAAGCCAACCUUCUUUCCUAGGCAGAAACAGCCACCUGACCUGAGCCUGCAGCCUGGUUCCUGCUGCUCACAGGACAGUGUGCAGGCCUCAUGGCCUAACUCCACACACCACCUCCUUUGGAGUAUCCGGUCUCUUUCCUGCAACUCUGUGUCCUGGGCCUGGCUACAGAUAACAGUGAGGUCACGUCCAGAUGGCAGACCUGCGCUUCCUGUGUCUUCUGACCAGAAGAGUGCAUUCGAAUGAGAAGAGACACCUUAAAGGGAUGGCUUUUAAAAUUCCUGCCUGUAUUUUCUCAUGGAAAUGCAUCCAGCUAGGAGAGCUGCAAACAAGUUCAUUGUUACUUUUUGAUACUUUCAUUUGUACUUCUGUGAAUAUUUUAAUACAUCUUUUUGGAUUUCUGAA